AAUCAACAUUCGGAAGAUGUGUUUGCAAAUUUCUUGGUAGCAACAAUGAUGAUAAUUCGUCGGAAGCAAUAAUUACAAGCAAUAAUGAUACGAAAUAUGAUUGCACGUGUGAUGAUGCAUCAUAUGAUAAUAUUGGUGUAAAAUCUUUGGAUGCAAAUAAUAUUCCAUGUAACGAAUUAUCACAUAAUGAAAAUGAUCAAGAAGAGUUAGCAAUGGAAAAUAUUAUAGAUGAUAAUGAUGAUAUAUUGAAAUAUGAUAAAUUUUAUCAACCAAAACGUGCUCAUUUUGCAAUUGGUUAG